AUGUCACUGGUCGACCAUGAUCAUCUGAUUCCUAAGCAAAAAGACAUUGACGAUGAUAAUGAUGCUGUUCACAAUUUAAAUUUAUACAAUGAUAUACGAAACAGUGGUAGUAUGACAACAACAUUACGAAAAUCAUUUCGUACAUUAACACGUCGGAAAACAGCUGACACCGCUACAUUAUCCGAAACAGCAACAACAAUAACAACAACAACAACAUCACGUCAACGUUUUGAUAGUACAAAUUCAAAUUCAAAAUUAAUUCAACAUCGACGACAUUCAUCAUCUUCAUUCGAACAGCAAUUAUAUGAACCACAUUUACCAAACAAUGAUGAUUUAAUAAUAAAUAAAGAUGAUCAUGACGAAUUAUUUCCAUCACCGGCAAAACCAUUUGAUCGUAUUGCUUAUCGUAUACGAAAAUCAUUUCGAUCCAUGGGUCGUCAAACAAAAAAUGUGCUUGGAAAUUCGCAACGUAAUAGUGAGGGUGGUCGUCGUUCACGGUUAGAAAGUAAUAAUUCAAAUAAACGUUUGCUUACUAAAACGCAAUCAUCGGAUGAUCUCAAUGAUCAAUCAACGACAAUAGAUAAAAAUGAGAAAGAUAUUAGUCUUUCUCAAAAUAUCAGCAAUCAUCAAGAAAUUAAAGUAGCCAUAUCAUCUACAAUGCCGUUAACAAUGGGGAAUAUAAAUGAUGAACAAAAUAAAAAAACACAGCGACGAAGGGCACCACAAGCACCAAAAAUGCAACUAGUUACACCAACAGUGGCAAUGUCAAAUGAUCAAAAACCUAUCAGUACUCCGAAUCAAUUAUCAACCACCAGAACUCGACUAUGUGAUGAAUCAGGUUAUUCGUCUCUUAGUGAACCAACAAAUAGUGAGCGUAGCUCGGUAAAUAGUGUUAAUAAACAGAAAAAUAAAAAAUUUAAUCGUAGUUUACGUAUUCGUGUAUCAUUUUUACUUAAAAAAAGACAAUCAUCCUUAACAAAUGAAAAUUUAUUACAACAACAACAAAUAUCGUCUGAUGGAAAAAAGUCGAACACUAUGAAUAUGAAUAACCAUGUUCUAUUGACAUUAUCACCAUCAAUUGAUGAAGAAGACAACAAUAUAAUUCAUUAUAAUGAUGAUGAAAAUAUUAUUGUUAAUUCAAAUGAUAAUGUUGAUCAACCAACAAAAAAAACAAAAUUAUCAAUCGGUAAACGUUUUCAAACAUUACGUCGUUCAUUUAUCGGUAAUAAACGGCGUAUUCUUGAAUAA